AUGGCGCGUAGGGCGCCGAGCGGGCGGGCCCCGGCCGUGGCUCCGGCUCCGUCCCGGCGGCUGGCAGGGAGGGUCCUCGUCCUCUUCACGCUGUCGCUGUCCUGCUCCGCCCCGGGGCCCGCCCGCCCGGGCACCAAGCGCCUGCCGCGGGCCAUCGUGGUGGGCGUCAAGAAGGGCGGCACCCGCGCCGUGCUGGAGUUCAUCCGGGUGCACCCCGAGGUGCGCGCCCUGGGCACCGAGCCCCACUUCUUCGACAGGAACUACCACCGCGGGCUGGAGUGGUACAGGAGCCUGAUGCCACGAACACUUGACAGCCAGAUCACAGUGGAGAAGACCCCCAGCUACUUUGUCACCAAGGAGGCCCCGCGGCGCAUCUUCAACAUGUCCCGGGACACGAAGCUGAUCGUGGUGGUGCGGAACCCGGUCACCCGCGCCAUCUCGGACUACACGCAGACGCUGUCCAAGAAGCCGGACAUCCCCACCUUCGAGGGGCUGACCUUCCGCAACCGCAGCCUGGGGCUGGUGGACACCUCCUGGAACGCCAUCCGCAUCGGGAUGUACGCCGUGCACCUGCAGAGCUGGCUCCAGUACUUCCCUCUCUCGCAGAUUCACUUUGUCAGCGGCGAGAAGCUGAUCACGGACCCAGCAGGGGAGAUGGCCAAAGUGCAGGACUUCCUGGGCAUCAAACGGGUCAUCACAGACAAGCACUUCUACUUCAACAAGACAAAAGGCUUCCCGUGCCUGAAGAAGUCGGAGAGCAGCGGCUUGCCUCGCUGCCUUGGCAAGUCCAAGGGCAGGACUCACGUGCAGAUAGACCCCGAGGUGAUCGAGCAGCUUCGGGACUUUUAUAGACCUUAUAAUAUCAAAUUCUAUGAAACAGUCGGGCAGGACUUCAGGUGGGAGUAAGUGUCCGGGAGCAGAGCUGCAGUGACAUGGAGCUGCAGUCUUCUGUGAGGAGGGCCCGAGGGGCUGGAGCCAGGACCCCCCU